AUCCUACAAGCAAGAGCAGUUAUCACUUUGUAUUCGGUAUGUUAAGGACUUGGAAGUAAAUGAGCGAUUUAUUUGUUUUAUGGAUGUUUCAAGUGGCAGAGGAGCAUCACAUUUAGCUAGUACAAUUUUGACUGCAAUUGAAAAGUAUAAUAUUCAUAAAAUACCAUUAGUAGCUCAAUCUUAUGACGGAGCUAAUGUAAUGUCAGGGUCAGUAUCUGGAGUUCAACAAAAAAUUCGAGAACACUAUCCAGAGGCAGUAUAUAUUCAUUGUUUAGCUCAUAAACUAAAUUUAGUUGUUUGUAAUACUUGCAGUAGUAUCAAGGAAGUAAGAAAUUUCUUUAAUACUCUUGAAGCUAUAUACGUUCACUUUUCUCAACCUGGUAUUAAUAAUGAACUGACUAAUUUGUUAUCUGAAAUGAAAAUUAAACCAUUAUCUAUCACGAGAUUGUGUGAAACAAGAUGGGCCUGUCGCUUCAAAAAUUGUGAUGCUGUAUUAAACAAUUUUGGUGCGAUAAUUAGCAUUUUAGUAAGAGAAGUUGACGAAGGUUUAAAUAGAGAUGUGCCACAAGCAAUUGGUCUCUUGAACAUGAUGAAAACCCCAACAUUUGUAUUUCAUCUAUUUAUAUUCCAUGAAGUAUUGAAAAUAAUAAAUAUACUGAGUAAGCAGUUGCAGCAAAAAAAUACUAAUUUGAGCAAUGCUACAAAUACCAUAAAUGGAGUGAUAAAAACAUUUGAAGAAAUGAGAAAUAUUGAUCACUUUUCUGGAAUUUGGGAUAAAAUUUCAAAUUUUGCAUCUAAAAAUGAUAUUUCACUUGAUAUUCCAAAAAAAUCAAAAAGACAGCGUACUGAACCUUAUCAUUUAAGAGACUUUGAUGUUACUGUUGCUACUGGUGCAGAACAACAGCUACCAAUUCAAUGUACAGAAACCGUAGACAAACAAAUUCAAAACUAUUGGCGUAAUCAUUUUUACAACCCUAUUGUUGAUACCAUUUUAAGUCAUUUAAAAUUAAGAUUUUCCGAAGAAUCGCAAGAAUUAGCCCAAGCAACAGAGAGUUUUAUAAGUCUUGACUUUACCAAUUCAUUAUAUUUUAUUAACCAUUACAAGGAUUUGUUUUCAAUAAACAUGGAGUGUUUAAAGUCGGAAAUGACAGUUGCUAGAAAUUGUGCAAUUCAACUUAGUAACAAAUUUGGCUUAAAAGAGCUAAAACAGGUAAUCAGUAAGACUGUUUAUCCAAAUCUGUUCAAGCUACUUCAAGUUGCCUUAGUUUUGCCGAUAUCAUCUGCUUCUUGUGAAAGAAGCUUUUCUGCAAUGAGAAGAAUAAAAUCUUGGACACGUACCACGAUGGGUCAGGAAAGACUAUCUGACUUAUCGAUAAUUCAUAUUGAGAGCGAUCUAGUCAUUGAUAAAGACAUCAUUUUAAAUAAGUUUGCUGAAAAUAAGCGCACGUUGCCUUUACAUUUUUAAUAAAUAAAUAAUAAUAAUAAAAUGUUUAGUUGUGUUUGUUUGAUUUUUAUUUUAUAUUUU